AUGACCACCACAAGAAGAUUUGUGGCCGAUGACAUGUUCAAGUUUAACAAUGUCAAUCUUGAUUAUUAUACUGAGACUUAUAAUAUUCCAUUCUAUUUUGAAUAUUUAGCAACAUGGCCCGAAUAUUUCUAUACAGUGGAAACUCCUCAUGAGGGAACGGUGAUGGGCUAUGUAAUGGGAAAAGUGGAAGGAGAUAAACCACGUAAAAAGUGGCAUGGUCACGUCACUGCUCUCACAGUGGCUCCAGAAUAUCGUCGACUUGGUUUAGCAAAAAAACUCAUGUUUCUCCUCGAAGAAAUCACUGAUAAGAUUCACAAAGCUUACUUUGUUGAUUUAUUUGUGAGAGUUUCCAAUCGUAUUGCUAUUGGAAUGUAUGAAAAGCUAGGAUACACGACCUAUCGUCGAGUGCUCAAUUAUUAUUCAGGAAAGAAUGGAGAGGAUGGUUUUGAUAUGAGAAAAGCCAUGCCCUUAGAUCCAAAGAAACUAUCCAUGAUACCUCUGGGACGAGACAUUUACCCUGAAGAAUUGGAAUCCACUUUAUAA